AUCCUGUUGCGCUUCUUCACCUCUCUCUAUCUCUCUAUCUCUCUCUCGAGCUUGCUGCGGCACCACCAUGUCGAAGAAGGACUGCGGGAACCACGGGGAGCACAAGCGGCACAAGCUGUUCCGCCAGCUGUUCGCGGCGUUUCUGCUGCUGGUCAUAGUCGCCCUCCUCGUGGUGCUCAUCGUGUGGCUCGUCCUCCGCCCCACCAAGCCUAAGUUCUACCUCCAGGACACCAGAGUCGUCCAGUUCAACCUCACCACCGGCGUCGGCCUUCUCACCUCCGUGUUCCAGAUCACCCUCUCCUCACGCAACCCCAACGGCCGCAUCGGCGUCUACUACGACCGCAACGCCGCCUACGUCCUCUACAAGGGCCAGCAGAUCACCGCCGCCACCGCCCUCCCGCCCGGCUACCUGGGCGCCAACGACGUCAUCGUCUGGUCCCCCUACCUCUUCGGCGCCGCCGUCCCCCUCGCCCCCUACCUCGCCGAAGCCCUCUACCAGGACAAGAACGCCGGCUACAUCCUCCUAUACCUCCACGUCGACGGCCGCCUCCGCUGGAAGGUCGGCACCUGGAUCUCCGACCACUACCACCUCCAGGUCAACUGCCCCGUCUUCCUCACCGUCGACAGCAGCAACCACUAUGGCGACGGCUCCGUCCCCUACUUCCACUUCCGGCAGAUGACCUCCUGCACCGUCGAUGUCUAGAUGCCCUCUCCUUUACCUCUUAUCUUGACGUCGUUACUGACGGUCGUUUGGGACACUUCGUUUUCUUUUCCUUUUUAUUUUUCCUGGUAAAGAAAAUAGCAUAAUAGCUCGUACGUAUAUGUUCACGAACCUUCUCGUUACUGUUCUUCAAUUGUAAUUAUGGGGAGUAAUGAUCGGGCAUAUGGACGAUCGAGAA